CUCACGAGGCUCUUCCUUUCUCUGCCAGCACCGUUGCAGCGGGUGAGUGCGUGGCGUUGCGUGGUGUGGAUGGACCGGUGAAAAACGACCAAAACCCACUCGAGUCAGUCAGUUUGAGUUUCACUGAAGCUCCAACAUGCCGGCGUAUUUCCAACGGCCCGAGAAUGCCCUGAAGAGAGCCAACGAGUUCCUCGAGGUUGGCAAGAAGCAGCCAGCCUUGGAUGUUUUGUACGAUGUCAUCAAGAGCAAAAAACAUCGAACAUGGCAGAAGAUCCACGAGCCGAUCAUGCUCAAGUACCUGGAGCUCUGCGUGGACCUGCGCAAGAGCCACCUGGCCAAGGAGGGUCUCUACCAGUACAAGAACAUCUGCCAGCAGGUGAACAUCAAAUCUCUGGAGGAUGUGGUGAGGGCUUACCUGAAGCUGGCGGAGGAGAAGACCGAGACCGCCAAGGAGGAGUCCCAGCAGAUGGUCCUGGACAUCGAGGAUCUGGACAACAUCCAGACUCCUGAAAGUGUGCUCCUGAGCGCUGUGAGUGGAGAGGACACUCAGGAUCGUACCGACCGCCUGCUGCUCACUCCCUGGGUGAAGUUCCUGUGGGAGUCUUACCGCCAGUGCCUGGACCUCCUGCGAAACAACUCCAAGGUGGAGCGCCUGUACCAUGACAUCGCCCAGCAAGCGUUCAAGUUCUGCCUUCAGUACACCCGUAAGGCAGAAUUUCGCAAGCUGUGCGACAACCUGCGUAUGCAUCUGGGUCAGAUCCAGCGCCACCACAACCAGAGCACUGCCAUCAACCUGAACAACCCGGAGAGCCAGUCCAUGCACCUGGAGACGCGUCUGGUGCAGCUGGACAGUGCCAUAAGCAUGGAGCUCUGGCAGGAAGCAUUCAAGGCUGUUGAGGACAUCCAUGGCCUGUUUGCUCUUUCCAAGAAGCCCCCCAAACCCCAGCUGAUGGCCAACUACUACAACAAGGUGUCAACUGUGUUCUGGAAAUCUGGAAAUGCCCUCUUCCACGCCUGCACCCUCCACCGGCUCUAUCACCUCUCGAGGGAGAUGCGUAAGAAUCUGACCCAAGAUGAGAUGCAGAGGAUGUCCACCAGAGUCCUCCUGGCCACGCUGUCUAUUCCCAUCACCCCCGAGCGCACUGACAUCGCUCGGCUGCUGGACAUGGAUGGCAUUAUCGUGGAAAAGCACCGCAGGUUGGCCACGCUCCUCGGCCUGCAGUCCCCACCAACCCGGCAGAGUCUCAUCAAUGAUAUGGUGAGAUAUAACUUGCUGCAGUAUGUUGUACCCGAAAUAAAAGAGGUUUACAACUGGCUUGAGGUCGACUUUCAUCCCCUGAAGCUGAGCGGAAGAGUGACCAAGGUGUUGAACUGGGUGAGAGAUCAGGCUGAGAAGGAGGCUGAUCUGCAGCAGUAUGUCCCUCACCUGCAGAGUAACACCAUCCUGAGGCUCCUGCAACAGGUUGCACAGAUCUACCAAAGCAUCGAGUUCACCCGUCUGGCCUCCCUGGUUCCAUUCGUGGACGCCUUCCAGCUGGAGCGCUCCAUUGUGGACGCUGCGCGGCACUGUGAUCUGCAGGUCCGUAUAGACCACACCUCUCGAACUCUAAGCUUUGGCUCUGACCUGAACUAUUCGACCAAAGAGGACGCCCCUGUUGGUCCUUUCCUACAGAACAUGCCCUCAGAGCAGAUAAGGAAUCAGCUGACUGCCAUGUCUGCUUCUUUGGCAAAGGCCAUCCAGGUCAUCAAGCCUGCCUCCAUCCUGCAAGAGCGUGAUGAACAGAGCCAGCUGGCCAUUGCUGCCUAUCUCAAAAAUGCCCGCAAAGAUCACCAGCGCAUCCUGGCUCGUAGACAGACCAUUGAGGAGCGUAAGGAGCGCCUGGAGAGCCUGAAUAUUCAGCGUGAGAAGGAGGAGCUGGAGCAGCGGGAAGCUGAGAUGCAGAAGGUUCGCAAGGCUGAGGAGGAGCGUCUGCGCCAGGAGGCCAAAGAGAGGGAGAAGGAGCGCAUCAUGCAGGAGCAUGAGCAGAUCAAGAAGAAGACAGUCCGUGAACGGCUGGAGCAGAUCAAGAAGACUGAACUUGGAGCCAAGGCCUUCAAGGAUAUUGAUAUUGAGGAUCUUGAGGAGCUGGAUCCCGACUUCAUUAUGGCCAAACAGGUGGAGCAGCUGGAGAAGGAGAAGAAGGAACUUCAGGAGCGUCUGAAGAACCAAGAGAAGAAGAUUGACUACUUUGAGAGGGCAAAACGCCUCGAAGAGAUUCCUCUUAUCAAGAAGGCUUAUGAGGAACAACGUAUCAAGGACAUGGAACUAUGGGAGCUCCAGGAGGAGGACAGGAUCAGUAACAUGAAAGUGGAGCGGGAGAAGGCUCUGGAGCACAAGAAGCGCAUGUCCAGGAUGAUGGAGGACAAAGAAAACUUCUUGGCCAAAAUAACUGAUGCCCGUAGCUUCGUUUAUGAGGAAAAACUGAAGGCUUUCGAGGAGCGCUUGGUGGAGGAGAGGAAGAAGCGUCUGGAAGAAAGGAAGAAGCAGCGCAAAGAGGACAGGCGUAACAAUUUCUACCGCCAGAAAGAGGAAGAGGCACAGCGUAUCCACGAGGAGCAGCUCAAGAAAGAGCGCGAGGAGCGUGAACGCCUGGAACAAGAGCAGCGAGAGGAGGAGGAGAGGGAGUACCAGGAGCGUCUGCGUAAGCUUGAGGAGCAGGAAAGGAAGCAGCGUGCUCGUCAGCAGGAGAUCGAGGAGCGAGAACGCCGUCGCGAGGAGGAGAGAAGGGUCCCUCCAGAGGAGAAAGCCAAGGACUGGGGUGAGAAGGAGGAGAAGAAGGAGGAGGGAGGGUGGAGGAGGCGCACAGAUGCGGUUGAAACACCAUCAGAGUGGCGUCGUCCCGCGGCUGUGCCUGAGAGUUCUCCUCCCUCUAGGGACUGGAGAAAGGAGGACCGUGAAGAGGACAAAGAGGAGAGAGAGGCGCCCUUCAGGCGGGGAGAUGGUCCCCGCAGGGGCGCAGAUGAUCGAGGACCCCGUCGGGGCUUUGAUGAUGACCGAGCCCCACGUCGUGGCGCCGAAGAAGACCGUCCUCUGCGCAGAGGCCUGGACGAUGACCGUGGUCCACGUAGAGGCUUUGAUGACGACCGCGGCCCAAGGAGGGGUGGAGACGAAGAUCGCGCCCCGAGACGUGGCUUUGAUGAUGACCGUGCUCCCAGGCGUGGCUUUGACGAUGACAGAGCUCCCCGUAGAGGCCUGGAGGACCUGAGGGCUCCCAGGCGUGGGGCUGAUGAUGACUGGGGAAGAAGAGGAGGAGAUGAUGACAGAGGUGGAAGGAGAGGCAUGGAUGACGGGCCACGUCGCGGUGGUGAUGACCUCAAACCCUGGAAGCCGCUGGUCAGAGCUGUUGCAGGUGGUUGGCGUGAGCGGGAGAAGGCCCGAGAGGAGAGCUGGGGUCCUCCUCGCGGUGAAGCCAGUGAAGAAAGAGAUGAAGGUGAAGGUGAAGAAGAGGAAAAUCCCAGAGACCGUCGCCCACCAAGAGAGGAAAACACCUGGAGGAGAGGAGGCACAGAGGAGGCAAGCGCCUGGAGAGACUCUCGCAAAGACGACGCCGACCGUGACGAGCGCCGUGGUGAAGAGCGCCGCGUUGAACGCCGUGUUGAAGGCCGCGGUGAAGAGCGCCGCGGUGAACGUGAAGUCAGAGCCCCACCCAGAGACACUGACGAAGGAGGUUCUUGGCGUCGUGGUGGCGACGAAAAGAGGGAGGAGCGGCCCAGAGAGAGGGAGCGUGAGGUUGAUGGGGAUAAGAGUUGGCGCAGUGACAAAGAUAACCCUCGUCGCACCAAGAACGAGACAGAUGAUGAUGGCUGGACCACCGUCCGCCGCUGAGCAACAAUCUCUGCAUCUAAUUGGCCCGGUUAAUUGGUUUUGAACAAAAAAAAAAAUACUACAUAACAUUCAGUAUCCCAUCAGCCAGUUAACCACAGUGGUGAAUGAAUGGUUACAAGCUCCUGAUACUCAUGUGCAUUGUUCCUUUGAAUGAAAUAUUUGUAGACUGUAGUUUUUUUUUCUUGGGAUUUAUUUUCCGUUUAUCUUAAUAAUUUUGAUUUUCAGCCGUUUUCUGAACCAGAAGCUAUGAACUUGUGUGCACUUAGGCUUCACGCAAAAAACCAUCAGCGUAAACAUGACUGCCCCCAGUGGUUAGGAGUGUCACUACCUUACAUGAUGAAGUGAAACUGACUCAAGUGAAAACACGUGUACCUGCUCCGACUGUCAAUGCAAACUCAGUGUAUCACCAACUGCCUCUUUUUAAAUGAUUAACCUCUGUGUAGAUGUUAUAUUACGACACCAAUCCUCAACUCUUGUAAUGGCAAAGACUAGCAAUUUGUCAUCUGCUUCAGUGAUCUCUGCUACUCAUCUAACCUUUCAGAUGCUUCUUAACCUGGUCAAGAUCUAGUGGAAUUUACAUUUUGAUGUGCAUGCAUAGAGUAUUAAAUUGGUCCUGCUUGAUAAUCCGGUAUGUGGUUCUAUCUUGCUGCAGUCCAAGGUAUCAAAACCAGGUUGCAUGUGUACAGAUAAAGCCUUUAUUAAUAAAAAAUAAAGAUGUUUGCUCACCACCUAA